AUGUCCACCCAGACGGCGUCCUCGCAGAACUACGACUACCUUCGCCGCAAGCAGAGCACCAAGACACCCACACCCUCGUCCAUCGCACCCGUUCGCCGAACAAGUGAGCGCAACAGCAAUGGCACCGUGAGCUCGUAUGGCACGACGGCCACACGCGAUACGGCUAUCACCGAGCCACCGGCGUACUCGAAGAAGCUGGUGGUUGUUGGUGACGGUGGAUGCGGCAAGACAUGUCUGUUGAUCAGCUACAGCUCAGGCAACUUCCCAGAGAAAUACGUACCAACCGUCUUCGAAAACUACAUCACCCACACACCGCAUCCCCCUACAGGGAAGAUGGUCGAGCUUGCGCUCUGGGAUACUGCCGGACAGGAGGAGUACGACCGUUUGCGCCCGCUCUCCUACCCUGAAACCGACAUCAUCUUCGUGUGCUUUGCCAUCGAUUGCCCCAACUCGCUGGAGAACGUCAUGGACAAGUGGUACCCAGAGGUCCUCCACUUUUGUCCCACAACGCCCCUCAUGCUCCUCGGGCUCAAGUCAGAUCUGCGCAACAAGAAGAACUGCAUCGAGCUGCUGAAGACCCAAGGCCUGACACCCGUUACCCCUGACCAGGGUCGUGUUGUUGCCAAGAAAAUGGGCGCCAUGUACAUGGAGUGCAGUAGUAAGGAGCAGGAUGGUGUUGAGGAAAUCUUCGACAUGGCUGUCACAGUGGCAGUGGGUGAAGAGCAGAAAUCACCCGAGCGAACAAACACAACGUCGUCGACGUCAAAAGGGUCAGGUCCUGCCUUCCCUACGGCUGGUAAAAAGAAGAACAAAAAGACCGCGUGCACAGUGCUUUGA